CUCAUUUGUAAGUCGCUUUGGAUAAAAGCGUCUGCUAAAUGACUAAAUGUAAAUUAUCUAUUAACUCUUUGUUAUGUUGAAUGUGGCAUUUAAAAUUGGUGGAGCUUAGCAUUCAAAAUAAUAAUUCUCCAAUAUAAAUAUAAAUAGUGUAUUUUCAGUUCUAAGACUAUUAAAGUUUCUCAGUGCUGUAAAUUUAGUGCAGACCGACGGUAUCUGAUACUUUGCGCUGGUCAGGAUGGGUGCUGCCGUUUAUGAUUACUGAAAAGGAUUUGUAAAAAUAUUUAUAUAUUUUAUAGAGAUUGCACAGGCGGAUUUACAUUCAAAUCACUUAAACGAAUUAAUUUAAAUAUUUGUAUUAGUGUAAGUGUAGUUUUGAAUGCUGGACUCUGGGUUCUGAGCCGGUAAGCGCCCCCUAGAGGUGGUUACGAGAAAAUCACCAGCGAUUUUUCCAUGAGAUCCAUUCUAUCCUGAAAGCCUGUGCGCUCUUCAGUUUGACGUGUGUAACUGCACUUCCGGUGAUCUCAGCGCUAGAAUGGCUGCAGUUUUUACGUGUUGUUUGGGCUGCUGCGGGGAUGGCGGACCGGGUCAUGCUCCCCUUAAAGAUAUGCCCACCGUACAGCUAGACACGCAUCACAUGGGGACGGAUGUGGUCAUAGUGAAAAGUGGGAGGCGGAUCUGUGGAACUGGAGCCUGCCUCGCCAACGCCCCUCUACACCAGAACAAGAGCUAUUUUGAGUUCAAGAUCCAGUCCACGGGUGUUUGGGGGAUCGGUGUGGCCACUCAGAAGGUGAAUUUGAACCAGGUGCCACUGGGUCAAGACAGUCACAGUUUGGUACUGAGACAUGAUGGCUCAAUAUACCACAACAAUGAGGAGAAGAAUCGUUUACCUGCCAACAGCCUGCCUCAGGAGGGGGAUAUAGUGGGCCUGACCUAUGAUCACGUGGAACUGAACCUGUACUUAAAUGGAAAGAGCAUGCACUGUCCAGCCUCAGGUAUUCGAGGGACUGUAUUCCCCAUAGUUUAUGUGGAUGACAGUGCCAUCAUAGACUGCCAGUUCAGUGAUUUCUACCAUACUCCACCUGAAGGCUUUGAAAAAAUUCUGUUUGAACAGCAGAUCUUUUGAAUCGUCAGCUACGUGUGCAGACACACAUAAUGUGGAACUGUGUGUGUGGCAACACAUGCUUAUGUUCUCUUUCAAUGUUGCUUCUGCCUUUCCUGUUACCACUGCUGCUCUUGUCGUUUUGGAAGACAAACCAGGCUUUAUUUGUGUGCGUGCGUGAGUGCGCGCGUGUGUGUGUGUGUGUGUGUGUGUGUGUGUGUGUGUGUGUGUGUGUUUGUACACGCACGUGUGACAGAGAGAAUCUACAACCCAGACAACACUUUACAUAAGCACUGAAGACACUUACUGAAAUCUACUUUCUGUAAUGGAUGAUAUUGUUAAACUGAGCAUAUCCUUUUAUUUAAUGAAAACGUACAGUAAUUAGCAGCUGAUUGUUUGUAUUUUGUAUGCUUAUUUGUUUUGAUUUAUGUAGAAAUUAUUGUUGAUUUAUUGUUGACUUUCUCUAUCUACACAAAUAUCAGCUCUCUUGAAUGAACCAAUUGUAUUUGCACUAGUUAUGUGUGGUUGAGAAUCAAACCAAACAUCUCUUGUUAAAAUAUAUGAUCAGAAACAGUUACAUUGAUUUUUGAUGAGUCUGUUACUGUCAUUUGCCUUUCAUCUGAACUUAGCAUGUGUAUUAUUUUCAUAUUGAUAAACUGCUAUCAGUAGCAAUUUUCAAUAUUUUCCACAGUGUAUUUGAACACUUUACCUCUGUGAUCUCUAUUGCGCACAAUAUUAAAUAAGUGACUUUGACUGGACAGGCUCCAGAGUGUAAGACAUGCAUGAAUCUGUUUAACAUGGUCAUUUCUGAUGCAUUAGCAUAUAUCUUACCAAAACUCUUCAAAUGUGUUAGAUUCACCAAAACUUUUCUUUUUGCCUCAGAUAUGUUUUUCUCCAAUAAUAUUGUACUUAUUCGCAUCUUCACAGCAACAUUAAUGACAAAUAUUAACCAAAAUUUGCUGGUUACAGCAGAAAUGUUAUUCUACCAGAGUAUAUCUACUCAUAUCACUAAACCACUAUUAAUUAUACAUUAAUUUUAUUUAAAAAAAAAUUAACUUGAACAAAAUGGCCAUGCAGUUACCCAAAGGCAAUGUGCUUUUCAGAAAAGGCGCUCUGAAAGCACUGUGUCCUGAAAGACUUGUACAAUUUUUUUUGGUCCCCAAGAAAGCUUGAAUUCUCUCUGUACACUGUCUUAUGGUACAUUCCACAAGUGCUGUAUUAAACUGUAAUAAACUUAA